AUGGCUAGUAUCAUAGGGUCUAUCACUAGCCAUAACCAGGAUGCUUUCAUUCCUGGGAAGCAAAUCCACUCUCAUAUCCUCCUGGCUACUGAGUUGAUCAUGGGUUACACAAGGAAGCAUGGCACCCCUAGAUGCCUUAUUCAAUUAGACCUUCAGAAAGCAUAUGAUAUGCUUAAUUGGAAAGCCCUUGAAACCAUCCUGUUUGAGCUUGGUAUACCUGAAACUUUUGUCCAUUGGAUCAUGCAAGGUGUCUCCUCUGUUACAUACAGAUUUAGCAUAAAUGGUGAUCACUCAAAUCUGAUGCAGGCCAAACGAGGUGUCAGACAUCAUUCAAAGUGUGGUAAGCUAGGCAUAACACAUCUCACUUUUGCAGAUGACAUCCUUCUCUUCUCCAGAGGUGAUAAGCAAUCUAUUGAUGUGAUGAUGCAAGCCAUGGACACUUUCUAUUCCUCUACAAGGCUGGUAGUGAAUCCUAUGAAAUGUUACAUUUAUUUUGGUGAUGUGGAUAUAGACACAAAGCAGGAAAUUCUGGCCAGUACUGGGUUCAAUGAAGAUGCUCUCCCCUUUAGAUACCUGGGAGUUCCUGUUACUAGCAAGAGGCUCACUGUGAAUCACUAUCUCCCUCUGAUUGAGAAAAUUCUGAGCAGGAUUAAUCAUUGGAGUGCUAAACUUCUGAGCAUAGUUGGCAGAGUCCAAUUGGUUAAAGCUGUUACCACUUCUAUUGCCAAUUACUGGCUGUAG